AUGCGUCUCCACCCGCCAGUACCUUCCGGAGUCCAGCGCAUGACUCCACCGGAGGGUCUCCGCGUUGGGGACACUUUCAUUCCCGGCAACGCAAUCGUCCAGAUUCCCUACCACACUAUAUUCGGAGAUGAGCGCAAUUUCGAGCAACCGGACGCAUACAUUCCGGAGCGCUGGACAACACGUAAAGAGCUAGUCCAUAACGCCUUUGUCUUUGUUCCGUUCUCUGUCGGCCGGUACUCCUGCAUCGGCAAGCAGCUUGGACUUAUGGAAAUCCGAUAUGUUGUGGCGCAGGUUGUUCGACGAUACAAUAUGGAGCUUGCACUAGAGCAGACUCCGAAGAUGUUCUUAGAUAGUAAAAAGGACACGUUCACAUUGGCGCUAGGACCGUUGUAUCUAGUUUUCACGCCGAGGAAAUAG